AUGGACGCAGCGAUAUCGCACCACGACAGUGCUACACCUGCCCCACUGGCUACAGACUCCGAGCACAUUMCCGUCGCAAACAAUGCAAUUGGCACGAAGGGCCAGAGAAGGAGGCCGAGCGGCGCUCCCGGUAGCAGAGGAGUGGCGAAUCUCAGCGCUGAACAGCUAGCGAAAAAGCGCGCAAAUGAUCGGGAAGCUCAGCGGGCCAUACGCGAGCGGACGCGCAACACAAUUGAAGGACUGGAACGUCGAAUUCGUGAGUUGGAGAGCCAGCAGCCAUUUCAGGAGCUACAGCGCGUAGUGGUGGAGCGCGAUCGCGCGCUGGCCGAAUGUGAGGACCUCCGCCGCCGUCUUGGGGCCGUGGCGGGCAUUGUCGGGGCGCAACCGCAGGCGGGACCUGGUUCUGGGCCAGGUGUUGCAUCCCCCGGCCUCAAUGAGCUUGCUGCGUACACGGCUCAACAGAGCCCACUUCCAUCUCGCGGACACCAACAUCCCUCUCAGUCCCCUGUUGCGCCAACCUAUGAGCAGCAACAUGUACACCCUGACCUCAGAUCUCCACUUUCACAAGGAACUCCACUGGGACUCUCCCUGACCUACCAUCACAGGCACGAAGUGCAACGCGCUUCAUCGGCCCAGGUGCAGCACUCCAACCAAGGCCGUCUUGAUGUCGAUUUCUUGCUCGAGCAACGACCUAUGAGCGCCACGUCCUCAUCUCAACCUUUCCAUUCUCCGCAAUCUUCGGAAAUGCCACUGUGCGAGCGAGUGACCAAUGUUGGACCUCCCUCGUGCCCACUGGACUUUCUGCUUGUGGACUUUGUCAAACGACGGCGAGAAUUGCUCCGCGAUGGAGUGUCCGCUUACGAGGUGUUGGGACCAGAAUACCCGGACUUCACAGCAAUGUGUAAUCGGGCAUAUCUACCUCAGUGCCAUCCGGUCUCUGCCUUCUUCAUCGACGUUUUGGAGAAGUUUCCAGAUGUGUGCAGGCUUCCUGAAAAAGUCGCGGUCUUCUACGUCAUGUUCCUGGUCAUGCGAUGGCUCGUAUGUCCUUGUCAAGCAUGUUACGAGCGUCUGCCCGAAUGGUGCAGACCCGUUUCUGAGCAGCUUGAAAUCCCUCACGUUGCUUAUGCCGACUACCUACCAUGGCCGCAUAUGAAACGACAACUGGUCCUGAACGAGAAAGAGGUCAACUUCGGAGACUUCUUCGUCCCAUUCUGCGCCACACUUUCGCUCAACUGGCCAUUACCUGACGACCGUGCCUUGCUGCAAGCGACUUCUUCACGUUCCGAUGAUCGACGAGACCUCGUCAUGAGCUCGGAGUUUGAGAGUCAUAUGCGCAAUUUAGACAAYUGGAGUCUAGGCAACGUCUUUCUGAACACUUUUCCUCAUCUGAUCGAUCUUGGAACCAUGCGUGUUAGGGAUCUUUGA